AUGCCGACGGGAUCCCCGGAUAUGCACGUUCGAGAAUGUACCAGGGGUCAGACACCGCCAUACCUUGCCAUUUGCACGAAGCCGACGUCUGAAGUAUUUUGGCGAUUCCGCCCAAUGUGCAUUUUGCUGCUGUAUUUGGGAUGGGUGAUGGUAUUUCAAAUUGUGCGACUGGCCGGUGCGACGAUAGGACCGAAUCAUUAUGAGAUGGUGUCCGAUGCAAAUCCGAAGAACGCUUUUUGGGACAUCGAAAACGGUACCGAUCUGCUUUGGCCUGUGCCGAUUCGAAGGUUGCCCAGUUGCUCGAGAAUGUUUGUCGGAAAGCUGGUCUAUUCAUCCACACCAAAAUCAAACUCCAGGCAGAUGAAAAAGAUGCUUUGCGAGUUGUUACUACGAAAACUCGGUAUGAAUAUCACCAAAGACGUCGAAGACGAUCUGACAACCGGAAAGAACUGGUGUCUCCGCUCACACGGCCGAGCCAAGAUGAGCUAUCUGAAAGGGUGGGAGAACCCGAAUAACACCAAGAUGUUUGUCUGGCGGGAUCCGGUUGACCGGUUCGUGUCGAUGUACGGCCAUGUUUGCAUAUCGUUAAAAAGAUGCGGCAAGGCGGGGGAGUCGAUCCACACGGCAGCCAAGGCAUUUUACGAAUACUUACAAUUUGGGACGGUACCGAAGGGAGCGGUGACGCCCGAAUUUUUUGUGCAUCAUAUAUCGCCGACAUCAUGGUCCUGCGACAUUGGUGCUUAUCCCACAGAAUUCGUGCCUAUCGCCUAUUCGAAGAAACCGGAAGUGUUAAUAAAACGGUUGCGACGCGUUUUCCGGAAAGUUGAGGCGCCGCGGAGUUGGAUUGAAAAGGCACUUCGGCGGCUCAAGAAAACCACCACCAACAAGGCGCGGCUCGACCCGAAAAAGGCGGGAAGAUACGAUAGGUGGAUGCGCGAAGUACGUAGCAAUCCGACGACAAUGUCCUACGUCCUCGCCACCUACUAUCACGAUUAUCGGCUCUGGAAUAAGCGCAUGCCAACUAUUAAUAAAUUA